AUGACUCCCCCUUCAGCAACAACCCCAUCCGAACCCCUCAAUACCGGCGCCGCUAUCCCCACAACCUCUGACUCUACCCUCUCAACCCAAACCCACGAGCCUGGUCUUUCAAAAGAGCAAGCCCAAGCUCGUACCAAAAGUAUGAAAUUGCCAUUACGAACACCGCUAGAAGAUAAAUAUGCAGAGAGGGAAUAUCAAAAGGGGAGAUUGGCAUUGGCUUUUAGGAUUUUUGCCAAGUUGGGGUAUGAUGAGGGAGUUGCGGGACAUAUUACUUUGAGGGAUCCCGUUGAACCAACUAGUUUUUGGGUCAACCCGUUUGGUGUAGCAUGGCCACUUCUCCGAGCAUCUGAUUUAAUCCUCGUCAACAAAGACGGAGACGUAGUUGACGGCGGUCCAUGUCGAUUAUUAAAUACAGCUGCCUAUAUGAUACACCACGCCGUGCACAUGGCGCGCCCCGAGAUCAACGCGGUAGCCCAUUCACAUUCUAUCUACGGCCGCGCCUUCUGUUCCCUCGGCCGUCCCCUCGAAACUAUCACCCAAGAUGCCUGUUCUUUCCACAACGAUCUCGCACUCUACUCAUCUUUCCGCGGAAUCGUCCUCGCAUCCGAAGAAGGCCACGCUAUCGCCUCCGCUCUCGGUAAUAAAAAAGCCGCAUUACUUCAAAACCACGGUUUACUCACCUGUGGAGAAACAAUCGAAAGCGCAGUCUUCUGGUUUAUGAGUUUGGAAAAAUGUUGCCAUGCGCAGUUACUAGCUGAUGCGGCAGCAGGGGGAAGGGGAGGAGAAACAAUUAAAAUCCAGGAGGAAGACGCGGCGUAUACUUAUAAGACGGUGGGAACCGAGAGAGCGGGCUAUUUUAGUGCAAAGCCAGCUUUUGAUAUGAUGGAACAUGAAAGUGGUACGGAUUAUAAGUGGUAG